AUGCAUCUGAAUGGAAGAAAAGAGGCGAGGCGGUGGUGAUGGUGUUGUGUGGCUCAAUGCUCACCCCUCCAAAUCCAAAGUCGUCGGAGAAUAUUCUUAUUAGUAUUAAUUAAUUAAUAAUAAUGAGACGAGUGCUUGGCUUCUUAUUCUUGUUCUGUAAGUUUGCAACUUUUUUCCUUUCAUUCAUUAUUCUUCUCUUGCCUUGAGUUGAGGAUGGGCAAUGUGAACGUGACUCCUGAAGAAGAAGAAGUUUCUGCAAGUGCAAGGGCAACCGAUGAGAACGCCAUGCCUCAGUCUCCUCCCACCUCUCCUACGGCUACCCAUUUCCCCCUCAUAUUCGCUCCUCAGGUUCCGGUGGUUCCGCUACAAAGACCUGAUGAGAUGCAUGUUCCAAGUUGUUCCUGGAUGGAGACAACUUCAGGGUAUGAAGAUGUGUACCGCGAAGUAGGAAUUCCAACAGUGAUUACUUGGAGUUAUGAUGGAAAGGAAGUAGCUGUGGAGGGAUCGUGGGAUAAUUGGAAAACAAGAAUGCCCCUGGAGAGAUCAGGGAAGGACUUUGCAAUAAUGAAGGUUCUGCCAUCUGGUGUUUACCAGUACAGAUUUAUUGUGGAUGGACGGAUGAGGUACACUCCAGACUCGCCUUGGGCCCAAGAUGAUGCUGGGGAUGCUUACAACAUCUUGGACUUACAGGAUUAUGUUCCUGAAGACAUUGGAAGCAUUUCUAGUUUUGAGCCUCCUCAAUCACCAGACUCGAGUUAUGAUAACUUAUAUCUUAGUUCUGAAGAUUAUGCUAAGGAGCCACCAUUAGUUCCUCCACUCUUGCAAAUGACACUGCUAAAUGUGCCUGCAACAAAUAUGAAAAUCCAACCUCCUAUGUCAAGACCUCGACAUGAAGUGCUGAAUCAUCUUUACGCACAAAAAGGAAAGAGCAGUCCUUCAGUGGUUGGCCUUGGUACAACUCAUCGGUUUCUAGCCAAAUAUGUCACUGUUGUGCUGUACAAGUCGUUGCAAGGUAAACCAUAAACGUAAAUGACAUGGAGCACAGUUUUAACGCCUUCUAUUAGUUUAUAGAGCGUCACGUAGUAUAGUUAUAGGAGAGAAAUGAGAAGCUACAUAAGUAUCAUUACAAGUAAGUCAAGAUUGUAUUAUAUAUAAUGCAUUGCUUGAUGGACAAUCAUCUGACAAUUCAGUUCCAAUUCUUACAUAGUUGGUGAUGCUUUUCAAUAGGAAUUUUGGUUGGGUGAUUCAAAGGAUAAAAAUAAUUUAUAACAGUUUUUAAUCACAUAUAGUUGGAAGAGCAA